AUGGCCCCGCGCGCUACGCUGGUAGCCCUGGCCCUGGCGCUACUUUCGCUACUGGUGCCGCGGGGCCUUGCCUGGUACAAGCCGGCGGCGGGGCCCAGCCAUUACUCGGUGGGCCGCGCCGCGGGACUACUGUCCGGCUUCCGCGGAUCCCCGUUCGCGCGGCGCUCAGAGUUCGCCGUCGAGACGGGCCCCCAGCGCCGCGCCAGCGCCUCCUCGGAGCAGCGGCCCAGACUGCGGAGCCUCGUGAGUGAGCGCAAGCGGGCGGCUGGGGCCGGUGGGUGCGGGCGGCCACUUCAGCCUCCACCCCCCACCCAGGCCGUGUGCGUCAAGGACGUCACCCCGAACCUGCAGAGCUGUGAGCGCCUCCCCGACGGCGGCGGCGGGACCUUCCAGUGCAAAGCGGACGUCUUCCUGUCGCUGCGCGCCGCCGACUGCCGCCGCACUUGAGUCCCAGACCCCAAAUCCCGACCUCGCUGGCCCCGGUGGGUGCCCCCAACGCCCACUGCCUGCUCCGGGACCCCCUAAGCCUGCCGCGCGGGAUGGCACUCCUAAUCCUCCCUCCCUGGCCCAGCCUGGCCGUGCAGUAAUCAGCUAAAUGAAUAAAGAAGUCA